AUGAUCUCGUCAUGUCAAAGUUUCUUCAGAUCCAGCAAAGUAAUCUAUAGUUUUGCUGUUGCCAACCAAACAAGAUAUAGUUCUCCUUAACUCCAAUAUUUUUAGAGUUUAAGAAUUCACAAAGAAAAAUCUAUACCUUCAAUUUUAAAUAAUUUAUUGAUUAAUCAGAUGUUGUAAUUUGAUUGGGUUGUAGAUUAAGGUCCUAAACUUGUUGAUAUACUUUAUUCUAUAUGUGGUACAAGAAUAACCAAUUUUCUAAUAAAUAACACUAUAGGAAAGGUGUUCACAGCAGGAGAGAACCUUGAGAGUGUUGAAAGAUACCUAUCUUAAUCUGAUUCAAAUAUUUCCUAUAUUAUGGAUUACUGUUCUGAAGCACUUGAGGGGUUAGAGGAUUAGGAGAAAUUUUAUGAUGAGAAUAGUUCUAUAUUCAGAUAAACUAUUUUGGAGUGUGCAAAGAACCCAGAGAAGAAAAACAUGAUUGCAAUAAAAGUUUCGAGUUUAAUUGACCUGAAUUUACUGAAGAAAAUCAACCAAGCAAGAUUAAACAUUUUUGAAAUGUUCUGUAAAAUUAGUUAAGGAAAAUAAACGAUCACUAUCUAAUAGGUCUUUUAGUAUCUGAAAAAGGAAGGAAUAAAUUUGAAUGAAAAUGAAUAAAAAUAAUUUAUUAUUGGAGUAUUAAAAUAUAGUUAGAAUGAAAUGGAAAUUGAUGAAAUUACAUGGAGAUAUAGAGUGCAACCUUUAUUCAUGUUUGAAACAGAUUUAAAUAAUAAUCCAGCUAUUAAAUACUUUAAUAAUCUAAAUUAAGAGGACAUCGUUUUAUUUGAAUAAUUCAUCGAGAGGGUCAAAUACUUCAUGGAUCCAGCUUUGAAAAAUAAAGUUUGUGUAAUGGUUGAUGCUGAAUAAACUUAUUUAUAAUGGGCGAUAGAUUGUUUUAGUGAAUAGAUGGAAGCAUUUUAUAAUUAAAAUUAUACAUUAGUCUACAACACAUUCUAAAAUUACUUAAAGUAAACAAAAUAGAGGAUGGAUUAUGAAAUUGAAAAAGCUGAGAAAUUUAAAUUGAACAUUGGGAUUAAAAUGGUUAGAGGUGCCUAUAUGGUCGAAGAAUCUAAAUUGGCUAAGCAAUAGAAUAAAGAAAAUCCAAUUAAUGAUGGAUAUUAAGGCACUACUACUAUGAUAGAGAGAAACUUAGAAAUGUUAAUCAAAAACAUUCAUAAAUCACCUACUAAAGUCUUUGUUGCUAGUCAUAAUGAAUAAACAAUAGAUUUUGUAAAGGAAAUAAUGAAUAGAUAUUCUAUUCCUAAUUAAGGAGAUGUGCUAUUUGCUUAAUUAUAUGGAUUGUCUGAUCAUGUCACUUAUUAAUUAGCUAAUGAAGGAUAUAAAAUAUAUAAAUAUGUACCUUUUGGAAAAUCUGAGAUAAUGAUUCCUUACUUAUUGAGAAGAGCCUAAGAAACUAAGAAGGUACUAUAGUCUAGUUCUUUGCAAACACUCUUGUUAAUUGAUGAAUUAAAAUAUAGAUUAUAUUUUAAAUGA